UUUCGGUACUUAAUAUUAUUAGCUUCUUUUUUCAUCUAGCUUAAUUAAUUAAGAUUAAAUGGCGUCAUCAUCAGCUCGCUUAGCCUUGAUUGUUGUCUCCAUGGGUUUGCUUUGGUCGGUCGGUACAGCAACUGAUUACGUUGUGGGUGAUGACAAGGGAUGGUCUCUUGAUUUCAAUUACACACAGUGGGCACAUGAUAAAGAUUUCCACGUCGGUGACCGCCUCGUGUUCAAAUACGACAAGAAGAAGCACAAUGUGUUCAAAGUGAAUGGUACACUCUUUAACUCAUGCACCGUUCCAAACGACACAGAGCCAUUUUCCUCAGGUCAUGAUUUCAUUUCACUGGAAACCGAAGGAAGGAAGUGGUACAUCUGUGGAAAGAGCGACCACUGUGUUAACCGUCAGAUGAAACUACUCAUCAAUGUCGGAUCUGCUGCUCCUGCACCUGCUCCUACUUCUGGUGCUCCUCAUUCUUUGCCGUCGUCGUCGUUCUACAUUGCUGCAACUCUUGCCAUUGCUGCCAUUUUAUUCGUCUGAGAUUAGUUUGAGGUUCUUUGUCUUCGUUGCUUGUUAUGGAAAGUAACGGUUUCAGAUGUAUGUGCUUCUAGUUU